AUGUCACAUAGGAACACAGAUCCGUGUUCGUUGAUAAAUUUGCAGAGACAAUAUAUUUUGGAUCAAAUUAAAGGUAUCCAAGCGCAAGGUACGCUAUAUGCAUUAAUCAUUGAUGAUAGAACUGAAUCGCUCUUGAACCAGGUAAUAUCGAAAGAUAGCGUAUUACGAGUUGUCACCUCCAUAGAGAAGUUGGAUACGAAACGUCGACAACAAUCGUUUAUUGAGGCAAUUUAUUUUGUUGAAUUGACACCCUAUACCAUUAAAUGUAUGAUAGCAGAUGUCGAGACCAAUAGGUACAAGAAAGGACAUGGAUUAUUCUUGCCUUUGGUUCAGGGAGAAAUGGAAGUAUCACAUUUGUAUAACUCACCAAAAUUCAUGAAUAAUCCGAAGGUGUUGAAUUAUUUCAAUAAUGGGGAAAGUGUUAACUUUAUUAAUUCUAGCUUUCACCCGAUUGAGAGUAGAGUUUUUCUUGCCGACGAUAAGACGCCCAACUCUAUGCCAAUAUAUUACAACGAAAACUGUGCUGAAUUGGUGUUGCCACAAAUCAGAAUUGCAGCAAAAUCUUUGGUUAAUUUGAUGGUUUUAACAGGUGAAUACCCGUUGAUAAGGUUUUAUUCACCACAGAAUCCUACUCAUAAAGCAUCUAGACUUCCUGAAUUGCUUGCGGAUGAAUUUCAGAGACAGAUUGAUAAUUACGCUCGGUUAAAUCAUGAUUAUCCGCCACCAUCUAUUCAAGAUAAACCAAGAUCGAUCUUAUUGAUUACGGAUCGUACGUUGGACUUGUUUGCUCCAUUAUUACAUGAAUUUAGUUACCAAGCGAUGGCAAUGGAUAUCGUACAUAGUCUAGAGCGUGAUGGUGUUUAUUGUUUCAAAUCUGAGAAUGAGAAAGGUGAGGUGAAGGAAGUCAAAGCAACUCUAGAAAAUGAAAAUGACGAAGACUGGGUUAGUUUAAGGCAUUUGCAUAUUAUCGAAAGUUCUGAACUUAUUAUGAACAAAAUUAACGAAUUGAUUAAAAAGAACCCUUUGAUGGUCGACAGAACCAAGGCGACUACUUCAAGUGAUUUGAUGUUUAUUGUUGCACACUUAAAAGGGUUUGACGAAGAAAGAAAACAAAUUACAUUGCAUAAAAACUUGAUUGAUGAAUGCCUUGAUAUUAAUGCUAAUCGUAAAUUGGCUGAAUUUGCUGCAGAUUUCGAGCAGAAUUGUACUGCUGGGGGAACUAGUUUCGAAGGGGUCAAGAAUAAGCAACUUGCAAAUGAUUUGAUUGAUUUAUUAGCUAGAGAUGAUUUGCAUGUAAAUGAUAAAAUGAGACUAGUUUUAAUUUACGGAUUAUACAGAGGAGGUUUGAUCGAUGCAGAUUUUGUUAAGCUAGUGAAAUUUAUAGGUGUUAGAGAUCGCCAAAUUAUUUCUCUUAUAUCACGUUGUUUCACCAAUUUGCAUAAACUAGGCUUUCCGGUCAUUAAAUCGAGCGUUAAAGAUAAACCUUUGAAAAAGGAACUGUUUCAUACGAUUAAUAAUGAAGGAACUUAUAACACUUCGAGGUUUGACCCAGGAUUGAAAGCUGUCUUACAGAAGGCAACAAAAUACCAGUUAGACGAAGAAUGGUUUCCGUAUUUCCGUGAUAAACCCUUAGAAGAUGAUAUGCCGGCUUCUGCUACUAGCUCUAAUAACAGUAAUCAAAAUGGAACUACGAAUAGUUCCUUAAGAAACCCAAGAAUCAAGGCUUCGUGGGCACAGACAUCUAAUAAGGUUUCUCUGAAUAUUAAUUCUGUUAACAGACCAAAGCAAAGGAUAUUUUGCUAUGUUGCAGGUGGAGUAACCUAUUCUGAAAUGAGAUCUAUCUAUGAAUUGUCUAAUGCUACGAACAAAGAUUUCUACUUAGGAUCCGAAUCCAUUUUAAAGCCAAGAGAUUUCUUGAUUGGUUUACAGAGCAUCGAUACAGUAAAACUGAUAAAUGAUCUCAAUUUGAACUUAUACAAUGAAAUGACAUCAUCUAAAGAGGUUCCAAUAGAGUUGUUCGAAACAAACCAACCAAAGAUUCCCCAGCCAGCUGCUUCCAGUGAUCUUACAGGCAUUAAUACUGGUCCACAAACCCCACUGCAUUACCAAAAGAGAAUGAGUGGAAGUGAAACCUCAAGUCCAUCUGCCAUACCUUCGGAGAAUAAACAAACAAAGGAUAAGAAAAGAAGCAAGUUGAAGAAGUUAUUUAGAUAG